AUUCGCAAUGAUAACCUAAUUCUCACGUAAUUUUCCUAAUAAAUAGAAUGUAUUAAACAUUCUUUGCCUUUAAUUCGUACAUUUUAUCACAGUAUUUAAUGUAAUUGUAAUUUUAUAUCUUUAAACGACAAGAAUUUAAAUGCUUUUGCAUCAAAAUUUUGGACUUCGAACCCAAAAAAUUGUUAUGAAAACUUUUUUAUGACGACAUAAGUAUCUCUUCUCGAAGUUUCCAACAGUAGCGAACACACCAAUUAUACUAUACAUAUAUACAUUGCAUACACAUUUCUACGUGUGGAUGUGUAUAUAUAUAUAUACAAUUCGAUGCACGUGGUAUAUUAUAUGUAAUCUGACGUCUUCGGAUUCUGUCGUGGUAACAAGACAGAGUUACUAAUUCCGUUGACACGAAGACUUCGUGGUUGGUGCAUUCAACUUACUGACGUCUUUUUAGUAUUCCUUUUUGAUAUUAUAAUACUCAAAUGUAAUAAACUGGGAAAAUAUUUGUCACGCAACAGGUUAAAGAUCGACCAUAAUAUUUCCAAAAUAUGUCGCAAUACGAGAAUGAUAUUAUCGAAGACAAAGAUGAUAAUCCUAAUACAUCAGGAGACUUAGGACUUCGUCAUAGAAUUCCAUGGAGCGAUCGUGUAUUGCUAAAUAGUGAAAUUCCAGGUUUGCAUGAAGUUAAAGAAUUAUUAGAAGACGAUGAUGCUAGCUGUUUGGCAGAAGAGGAGGAUGGGGUUGGGUGCCCUCUUCCAUCUACUCCUGAAGAUGAUCAUCUUUUGGAUUGUGAGAUGACAGAAGUAUUAAAAGCAGGAGUAUUAAGUGAUGAAAUUGAUCUCGGUGCCUUGGCUCACAAUGCUGCUGAACAAGCUGAGGAAUUCGUUCGUAAGGUCUGGGAAGCAUCCUGGAAGCAAUGUCAUUUUAGAAAUUUACCUCGGUGGUUACAAGAUAAUGAUUUCUUACAUGCUGGUCAUAGACCACCAUUACCAUCAUUUUAUGCUUGCUUCAGAAGUAUUUUUCGUAUUCAUACAGAAACUGGUAACAUUUGGACACAUUUACUUGGCUGUGUGGCAUUUAUUGGCAUAGCUAUCUUUUUCCUAACACAACCUCCUAUAGAAAUCCAGUUGGAGGAAAAACUAGUAUUCGGUACCUUCUUUGCAGGUGCUAUAAUUUGUUUAGGAAUGUCAUUUGCCUUUCACACUGUCCACUGCCACAGCGAAUGUGUAGGAAAAUUAUUUUCUAAAUUAGAUUACUGUGGGAUAGCUAUGCUCAUCAUGGGCAGUUUUGUACCAUGGCUUUAUUAUGGUUUUUACUGUGACUAUCAACCUAAACUUAUUUAUUUAUCUGUUGUGGUUGUACUUGGUAUAACAAGCAUCGUAGUAUCAUUGUGGGAAAGAUUUGGUGAACCCAAUUAUAGGCCUCUUAGAGCUGGUAUUUUUAUGGGUUUUGGCCUUAGUGGGGUAAUACCCGCAGUCCAUUAUGCUAUAACAGAAGGCUGGUUCAAAGCAAUUAGUCAAGCAUCCCUUGGCUGGUUGAUACUAAUGGGAUGCCUAUAUAUAUUGGGUGCACUAUUUUAUGCAUUAAGAGUACCUGAGCGAUUUUUUCCAGGAAAAUUUGAUAUUUGGUUUCAGAGUCAUCAAAUCUUCCAUGUGCUAGUAAUCGCUGCUGCUUUUGUUCAUUAUCAUGGUAUAACAGAAAUGGCAAUGCAUAGAAUGACAAUAGGCGAUUGUGCGAAUCCAGCUCAGGUGAUAGCAUUUUAAACAUGUAACAAUAUACUACGAGUAUAUUAUCAA